AGUUACUUUUGGAUGAGACUGACUGCAGCAUUAUAGUGUUAUGAGAAGUGGUUAUUGUGUUGACAGAUUUUUGUUCAUUUCAGGAUUGUGGCACACUUAAUUCAUGUAUUCUUUUGAAUCGUUGUUAUUUUCCUUUUUAAAAACUUAGUUUGACAUCCUUUUUUGAAUCCACCACAUCUCAGAUGUUGUGUUGUGUUGUGUUGUGUUGUGUUGUGUUGUGUUGUGUUGUGUUGUGUUGUGUUGUGUUGUGUUGUGUUGUGUUGUGUUUUAGCCCAUCAUGAGUGAUGGGGAGAGUGUGAGUGAUGAAUGCAGCGAUGAUGUGUCCACCAUCAGCCUCAUAUCUGAAGCUGCCAGUGAGCCUCUGACUUCGAGUGAAGAAUCGAGCAGUGGUGCCUCCAGCCCCAGCCCCAUCUCUGAAGGUCCCAACAAGCCCACAAGUGAGUCUUUGAGCCAGGAGGACUGGAGCAGAGAGGCUGACAUCAGCGCUUCCUCCGACUCCAGUACUGUCUCUGCAGGCCCCAGCCAGGUACCUCAGCCUCGUCUUCCAUCAGCCAGAGCCCUCCCACCUAGAGGGGUGAAGAGCUGGACGAGGCCUGGGGUUCGUGAUGACUCAAGAGCCGCAGACAGCAACGCAUGCUUGGGAGAUGGCACAAGCCUUAGCGACGUUGAGGGCGAUGACGAUGAUGAGAUCUGGAACGCUAUCAGAGGCAUCACGAAUGCUGGAGACUGCCAUCUCAGUGACGCCUCCAGCACUGAGUUUAAUCAAGACCCUGACGAAGGACCGAGCAUCCGUGAUUUGAACGAUGAUCACAGCCUUCUUGCGGCCUUCAGUGACCCUCGUCUCAGGAGAAACUUGAGAAAGCCAACCACCACCGCCAAAGGCAUCGUCAAUGCCAGCCUCCGCCCAGUGAGGAAGCUCACAGUGAUGGUGCCGACAUGCUGGAACGAGCCCGCGGACAGCCAGGAGACCUCCGAGGGGGAUGACUGCCCGGCCUCCACUGACCAUGAGUCACCCGUCCUGGACAUUGCUGCAGCUGAUGCAUCUGCCGGCUCCCCUCAGCAGCAGACACCCACCCAGCAGCUGCUGCAGGACCAGGCUGUUGUUGAGGAGGACGCAGCCGAGCGACGUGGUGGAAGUGGAAGUGGGGUCUGCGUGGAGGAGGGCACACAGAGAGGAGAGAAGGGGGUCUGCUGCCCUUUCCUGAGACGCCUGGGCAAGACCCUCAGGAGCCUGGGACGGAGAGGUAGGAAGGUGGAGCCCCUUAGCAUUCCCCAGACCAUGCAGAAGGACGCAGCCGAGCGACGUGGUGGAAGUGGAGCCUGCGUGGAGGAGGAAGGCGCUCAGGAAGGAGAGAAUGGGGUCUGCUGCCCUUUCCUGAGACGCCUGGGCAAGAGCCUCAGGAGCCUAGGCAGGAGAAUCAGGGGGACAUAAUUAGGCCCUCAUUACAUGGAAUGUAUUGGUUGAGGGGGCCCUAUCAGAUGACUUUGUCCCGGGCCCAGCCAAAGCUGUCAACGGCCCUGGUUGCACCUCUCACCUCAAGACUCCAAGUGCUCUCCAGCGGGACUGUCUUAUGGGAACCCCCUGCACCCCAACUCCGCUGGUGGGUGGGAGACGUGACGCCCUGUUUUUUCGUAACAUUGGUUAUUUUUCCUCUUAAAAACAAAUUUCAAUAAAGAUGA